AUGGCAGGGACAGCUCCGGCGCUAGUGAUGGCGCUGCUUGUACUCGGGGGUUGGACAACGCAAACGGAAGGCGCUACCAACGUCAUGUGUGGGAACUGCUCCUUCACUGUAUCAGACGCAGGUCUGCUUCAAAGGACGGGAAGCUGCUUGGCAGGCACUGGGCCCUGCGUGUUGAAGGCUGCUGGGAUUGCUGAGAUCGAACGAGGAACCUUCGACGGACUUGCAGACAUGACAUACCUUGACCUUUCACACAACCAGCUGACAAAUAUUUCACAAGGAUUGUUCGAUGGUCUCAGUAGUCUACAACUUCUCGACCUCAGAUACAACCAAUUGUCCAGCAUAGCACCCGAUGCAUUUUCAAACUGCACUCAGCUGUCUUCUAUUGACGUCGGUUUCAAUCAAUUGACGUGCUAUUAUGCUUCUUGGCCACUGUUGGCAAUGGCAUUAGAUUCAACUGUACUAGCACGGUUGUGUCAGAAUGUGACCACUGACGUGACUCCAUGCUACCCGCACAUCAGGGUUGAGUUGGAUUCGACAAGCCUCCCUUCGGACAUGGCAGGGGAGUACUGCGAGGCCUUCAACUGCGCCCACGGUGAAGGUAUUUCUCCUGGCAGAGAUGAUUCCAGUCACUGCUUUCGCAAAAACGGCGACGAAGCCUGGAAAAUAUUAAACACGGGCUGUGGAUGGACGAUAGGGCACAUCGAGCAAAAUGGUGAAAGAUUAUACCCGUCACGGCUAUUUCAGUGGCAGGAGUAUGCUAGAAGUUACAUCGGUGACUGCAGUUUGAUCCCUCCUUCACAACUGGACGUCCGUGCGCUCGCCAACACUUCAAACUUCUACGAUGGUGGAGGACGCAUCGUUGUCGGCAUUCACACGGUCCUUGUGUUGCCCCCUCACCAUUCCAGCGAUGCUGACCCUAGCGCUGAUAUCUUCAACGCCACCAGUGCUGUCAAUUCCAGCUCUGCAAGUACCCCGCUCCCCUUGGUUGAUACUUCUUUGCUCUCCUUCCCGGAGUGUGUUGAGCAAAGGGAUUGGGCAGCGAUGCUGGAGCUGCUGAGAAAUGGAACGGCGGCAACGGGAGGGCUGGGGCUGAUGAUGGAGCCUCCUCUGGAAUCCUGGGUUUGUAUCCGUGAGCACCCUUGCCUCCAGAGGAUCGAUGGCGCCCAGCCAAGCGACAUGAUGUGCUUCGUGUACCACGAGGUCGAUCUAGUCUUCCUGCCCUGGAGCACCAAUUCUCUCUUGAAACUGGUUGGAUCGCGCAUGUCGAGGGCAAGAGUAGCGUGGGCGUGGAGGAUGCUGCUGCUAGUGGCAGGGCUGGGGGUCCGACAAGUCUGCACGUUCAGAGCUCCUCACCUGACCAGCUCCAUGGGCUAUCGGGGGAUCCACCACCAGCUCAAGGUCAGCAUGAUGCGGGCGAGCUCCACGAGCCUCAGCCUUGGAAAGGAAGUUAGGAAAGAUUUCCCCAUCCUGAAACAGAAAGUGCAUGGAGGAAAAGAUCUUAUCUAUCUUGAUAGCGCGGCAACGAGCCAGAAGCCGGUGCAGGUGCUGGAGGCGAUGAAGAAGUUCUACGAGGAGAGCAACUCGAAUGUUCACCGAGGGUCGCAUGCCCUGUCUGUGAAAGCUACCGACAUGUACGAGGGAGCGCGCGAGAUCGUCGCAAAGUUUGUGAACGCGAGGAGGGAGGAGAUCGUGUUCACGAGCGGGGCAACAGAGGCGAUCAACCUGCUCAAUUCCCAACAAGGUUUUGAUAUGGAUCACUUCCGCUCCAUCCUGUCCGACAAGACCAAGAUCGUAGCCGUCGUCCACGUCUCCAACAUGCUCGGGUGUAUCAACCCCGUGCAAGAAAUCGUCGCUGCUGCUCAUGCGGUCGGCGCGAAAAUUCUGCUGGACGCCUGCCAGUCUGCUCCUCACAUGCCCCUGGACGUUCGCCUCCUCGACUGCGACUUCCUCGUCGCCUCCGGUCACAAGCUCUGUGGCCCCAGCGGAUCAGGUUUCCUGUACGGGAAGAAGGAGAUCUUGGAAAGCAUGCCACCAUGGAAG